UCCCGCUAAAAAGAAACAACCCACAGCUUUGCUCCAAAGACACUUCUUCUGCUCUCUCUCUCUCUCUCUCUCUCUCUCUCUCUCUCUCUCUCUGCCCCUUCUCUCUAUAUGUCCCUAUAGUUCUUUAUCUGUGGUUUAAUCAAUUGGCUUGGGGUUUUAUUGUUUGUGGAUUUUUAAUUUUGGUGAUUUUUCAGGAGGAACGACUUGAUAUUUGGGGGUAAUAAUGUUUGAAUUCUGUUUGGAUAGAAUAUCACAUUUGUGGGCAAUUAGAUUCCAAUGGUUUCUGUUGUGUGUGGUAUGAAUUUACAUGAGCAGAAUUUGGACUGCCCAACUAAUUUAUGAGGUUGAAAAAUGUUGGGCUCUGUAUAUGUUCUUGAUGAGCACUUCAUUAGUCUUACGUGAAAACUUAGUCUUUUUGAAUCGAAGCAUUUGUCACAAGUCGCGUAAAUUUUCUAGUAUUGUUGUUCAAUUGAGUGGGGGGAGGAGGUUUUGUGGUUUGAUUCCAAAUGCAAAGAAAAGGCAUUCAAGAAAGAGAAGUUGGUGGCAGAAAUUCUUUUUCGACGAAGAUGGCAAUUGGCUCGGUUUGAAGGAUGAGGAUAUGUUUGAGGAGGAGGAAUCAGAGAGCUUGAGUGAAGAGGAGUUGUCCGAGGGUGAAAAGUUCGAAGCAUGGAAGAGGAGAGCAGAGGCAAUCAUUGAAUUGAGAGAAGCUCAGGAAGAUAUGAGGAAUGAGGAGAAAAGGGGGUGGGAAGACUGGCUUGUGGAUGAAACCAAAGAUGUCAUUAGUUCAUCAUUGGGUCAAGAUUGGAACGAAAAAGUCGGGAUAUCAAGAGAAGAUGUGAAGGCAGAUCCUAGUGAGACGAUGCCCGAGGAGGGUUUGGUCAAGUCUGUGAGGGAUUUGGUCUUUGGGAGGGAAGACGAUGACUUGCUAUAUGAAGACCGUGUUUUUCGAUAUGCUUCCUUGAAUUCAGCUAAAUUUUUGGCAGUAUUGGUAGUGAUACCAUGGGCAUUGGAUUUUUUGGUUCAUGACUAUGUUCUCAUGCCUUUUUUGGACAGGUAUGUGAAGACUGUACCACUAGCCGCAGAGAUCCUUGAUGUGAGAAGACAUCAAAAGCUUGAAAUGGUUAAGGAAUUAAAAAUUGAAAAAGCAAAAUUUCGGUUUGAGGUAGAGAUUGGUAAAUCUCCACCUCUUUCUGAUGAGGAGGUUUGGUUGGAGUUACGGCAUAAAGCGUUAGAGUUGCGUGAUGAAUGGAGGUUAGAGAACCGUAGAGCAUUUGCCAAUAUAUUGUCAGAUAUGGUGUUUGGGAUCUCAUUAUUCAUUCUUUUAUACUUCAACCAGAGUAAAGUAGCUUUGCUGAAAUUUACAGGGUAUAAGAUAAUAAAUAAUAUUUCAGACACCGGGAAGGCUUUUCUGAUUGUACUUAUUACAGAUAUUUUUUUGGGGUACCAUUCUGAAUCUGGUUGGCAGACUUUGCUAGAUAUAUUCGUUGAGCAUUAUGGCCUUGAGGUUGAUCCAUCUGUUGUAACCAUAUUUAUCUGCCUAAUUCCAGUCAUCAUUGAUGCAUGUGUGAAGCUUUGGUUGUUUAAAUUCCUCCCAAGAUUAUCCCCAAAGGUGGCAAAUAUUUUUCGAGAAAUGAAGCGGCACUAGACAGAUUGAUUUAUUUAUUUAUUUUUGUCUGAAUUCUUUCACCUUACAAGGAAGUACCAAAGAAGGUAAAUUGAAUCAUCUUUGCUACUUUUUCUCCAGCUCAACCAUGUUUACUUCAUCUUCUUGUAAGAGGCUUGUCUUGAAUUGCAAUAUGCAGCUUAUAAGUAUUCUAUGUAUGUAAAUAGCUUGUCAUUGCUCAAAUACCUUUUGUCACAUAAAUUCCUUGUAAUACUAUGAGUUAGGAUGAAAAUCACAAUUAUGAAUUUUAUAUUCAUGGUCAAAUGUCACUUUGAUUACAAAUUUUCUAAUUCUAUUGUAAUAAUUUUUGGAUUUUUUUUUUUU